CUAUCCAUUCUUUCCUGCAACCAACAAACCUGCAACUGCGAGAUUUCAGACGCUUCGAUUACUAGGCUUGAUACCGUAACUCGAGCUAUAGAUCUUUGUACUCUUCCAGAUCGCAUUUGCCCGUCAUGUCCAACUCUCUCGAGCAGCUCAAGGCCACUGGCACGGUCGUUGUCAGCGACUCUGGUGACUUUGCCUCAAUCGGCAAGUACAAGCCUCAGGAUGCGACCACGAACCCGUCCUUGAUCCUGGCUGCUACCAAGAAGCCCGAGUACGCCGAGCUCCUGGAUGCCGCUGUCGAAAGGGCCAAGAAGAAGGGUGGCUCGGUUGACGAGCAGGUCGACUCGGCCCUCGACUACCUUCUCGUCGAGUUCGGCAAGAGGAUCCUCGACAUCAUCCCGGGCAAGGUUUCGACCGAGGUCGACGCUGCUUUCUCUUUCAGCACAAAGAAGUCCGUCGACAAGGCGCUUCACAUCAUCAAGCUCUACGAAGAGGCUGGUGUUUCCAAGGACCGCGUUCUUAUCAAGAUCGCCUCGACAUGGGAGGGUAUCAAGGCUGCCGAGAUCCUGCAGCGGGACCACGGCAUCAACUGUAACUUGACGCUCAUGUUCUCGCUCGUCCAGGCCAUCGCCGCCGCUGAAGCCGGUGCCUUCCUCAUCUCGCCCUUCGUCGGCCGUAUCCUCGACUGGUACAAGGCCCACACCAAGAAGGAGUACUCCAAGGAGGAAGAUCCGGGCGUUGCCAGCGUCAAGAGCAUCUACAACUACUACAAAAAGUUUGGCUACAAGACCAUCGUCAUGGGUGCCUCUUUCCGCAACACUGGCGAGAUCACCGAGCUCGCUGGCUGCGACUACCUGACCAUCUCCCCCAACCUCCUUGAAGAGCUCAUCAACUCGGAUGCGCCCGUUCCCAAGAAGCUCGACGCCGCUGGCGCCAGCUCGCUUGACAUCCAGAAGAAAACGUACAUCAACGAAGAGGCCGACUUCCGCUUCGACUUCAACGAGGACCAGAUGGCCGUCGAGAAGCUCCGGGAAGGCAUCAGCAAGUUCGCCGCUGACGCCGUCACCCUCAAGGACAUCAUCAAGGCGAAGCUGCAGUAAAUUGACAACAAACGGAGGAAGACGGGGUGUGCUAAUGGACGCGAUGCUGAUUAUAGAAUGAAGUGGAUUUUUUGCGACACGCAUGUGCAAUGAUGGGGUUAUCAUCGGCAAGCGAGAAUGAACGGUCUGCUUGGGUUGGGCAUAUGGAGCAUGCAAAGCAGUGCUGAUACAGACGCGAAAAGAAAUUCAAUAUAUAUCAACCAAGCUGGUGAUGGCUCCAUAUCUGCUGUGAAUUUCUGUAGAAACCGGUCUUCGUUUCCCUACGUGUCACAGUUUUCAGAGCUGGCUUGCGCCAUCCAUUCUAGGUACUUG